AGUGCAGGCAUAAAAGAAUCACUCACACCCAAUCCCAGCAUCCAACGCCGUCCGCUGCUGCCUUCAUCCGCUGUAUAAAACCCUCCCCGUGCUGUCCAUCCAUCCAUCCGCUCUGUCCAGCAGAUUUCAUCGCCUCUCUCUGCCCUGUCCGCUGCCCUCCCCUGCUCUCCACCAAUCUGCUCUGCUUCUUCCUCGUCCUCUGCAAGCAAACUCUUCCUGAGAGAUCAUACAUCGUCUGCUUGCUCAUACUCAUCGUCGACUGGUUUGAGUAGGAUGCGUCUGCUGGUGUUCUUCCAGUGAUCGUUAUGAGAAGUGGCGCCUCGCGUGUUACCACAGAUUGAUGCGAGUUUGCACAGAUCCUCGCGCACCAGAAAACUAGCCGAAUACUUAGUCGAAAGCCACACCAUUCUUCUCGAAUUCUGCAGAAAACCCAUCCACAUACACAUCUCCAGGAGUUGAGCAGCUCGCAACGGUGAAGUGAUGCAGGGGGGUCCAGGCUACGGGUACGGCGGCUACGGCUACGGUGCUGGCUAUGACAUGACCGGGUACGGCAACGGCGGAGCGUACUACACCAACGACCGGUACCCCGCGCCGGCGCCGGCGCCGGCUGCCUAUGAAGACCCGCUCGCCGGUCGGAGGCAGCACGAUUUCCCGGCGCCGCUCACCGGGCUCGAGUUCCAGCCGUCGGAUGCCUGCCCCAAGAACUACGUCAUCUUUGAUCAGACCUAUGACCGGAGCAGGGUGAUGUACAACCCGUCGCUGCCCAACAACUUGGGUUCCUCCGGGGGCAACAGCGGCGCCUACGAUCACAGCAAGGGCGGCACCUACUACGGCGGCGGUGAAUGCUCCAUCCGGCAGAAGGAGGACAGCGGCGAGAUCGACGCGCUGAUGAGCUCCGAGGAGGAGGACGACGUGCUGAGCACGGGCCGCACUUCAGGGAGCCGCGGCGAGGGCUCGCCGGACUCCACGUGCUCCCCGGGGUCCGGGUACGUGGUGAGCGCCAGCCCGAGUGGCGCCGGCGGCGGAGGUGGCGAGAGGAAGAAAACCCGGAUGAGGAAGAUGAUGAAGACGCUCAAGGGGAUCAUCCCCGGCGGCGACCGGAUGGACACGCCCGCCGCCCUGGACGAGGCCGUCAAGUACCUCAAAUCGCUCAAGGUGGAGGCCAACAAGCACGGGGCGCGCGGAUCGAGAAGCUAGAUAGCGACCUCACAUGGCAAUGCGAUUGCGGGGCGACUGAAGGAGCCCAAUGAUGGAGGCGCAAGACCGGGGAGUUUGGUGCUCCUUUUUGCACUGCCAGUACGUGCCAUGAUACCACCUCGUGGAGCUCUCGAGGAUCAGUGCAAAGGAAAUGAUGCCGGCUGGUGUUGUAACUAUCAGGCCCAUUAUAUACACCGUGGUUUUGUUUA